GGAUGGUUGAUAUUUCCAGGAACUAAAUGGUGUGGAACCGGGGAUAUUGCUGAAAAUUACGAUGAUCUGGGUUAUGAUGAGAGUACAGAUAUGUGUUGCCGAAAGCACGAUAACUGCCCGCACUUGAUAAAUCGAUUUUCGUGGAAAUAUAAUAUGUUUAACUACCAUUUCCAUACGAUGAGUAUGUGUGUUUGUGACAAUAGGUUCAGAAGAUGUUUAAGAAACUCAACAUCACCAACAGCUAAGAUGGUUGGCAAGAUUUAUUUUAAUGUUAUCGGACCUCAAUGUUUUAAACUACGUCGAGAGAAGACGUGUAAAAAACGCAACUGGUGGGGAAUGUGCAAAAAAUAUAAAAAGGAACGUUAUGCCAGUCUUAAAACGCAAAAACCAUUU